AUGGAGGAAUUUGAGUUUUAUCACUAUUCCCCGUCAUUAACGGCGGCCAUUAUCUUCACAGUUCUUUUCGCUCUGUCGGCAGCGGCUCAUCUCUAUCAAAGCUUCCGGCUCAAAGCCUGGUUUUUUAUUGCCUUCUUCCUUGGCUGUGCAUUCGAAGUUAUCGGUUGCAUUGGGCGCAUUAUUUCCGCAAGGCAAAGUACAGAAUGGACAUUACCGCCAUUUAUGCUCCAAAGUAUCUUCCUGCUACUUGGCCCAACUUUGAUGGCUGCUUCUAUCUACAUGACGUUAGGAAGAUUCAUUACGUGUCUUGACGCCAACAUGUAUUCAUUGGUGGAUGCUGGAAUGAUCUCUAAAGGAUUUGUUAUUGCAGAUAUUAUAUCAAUCUUAGCACAAUCCACAGGAGGUGGCAUAUUAGCUGCUGAUAAGUCAUUAAAUGGACACAAGCUCGGUGAGGCCAUUAUUAUUGCGGGCCUUGCAAUUCAAAUCUACUUCUUUGCGUUCUUCAUCACCCUCCUUCAUGUUUUUUACAGUGCGGUCGUGGCCAAACCUACCAAGAAAGCUUUGUCCCUGCGUUUUUCAUGGCGACGGUAUAUCCAGGCGCUUUAUGUGGCAAGCAGUCUGAUUUUUGUUCGAUCAAUUUUUCGAAUCGCUGAGUAUGCACAGGGUUCUGAUGGAGAGCUUCAGUCGAGAGAAAUUUAUAUCUAUGUUCUUGAUAUUACCCUGAUAUUGUUAACUACGGCUAUUUUUAAUAUUUUGCAUCCUGGGCAACUGGUUUUAGCUAGCAAAGUGGAGGUUUAG